UUUCAAUUUCUUCACCACUCUCACUCAUCCUAAUAACGACAACAACAACAAACAAAAAAUACCCAUUGUUUCCGGUAAUGGCGUGUUCGAGUUCUCUGGCGAUUUCUCCGAGGAAACUCCGAUCAGACCUUUAUUCAUACUCUUACCAAGACGAUUCUAACACACCACUCGUUAUCUCUGUUCUCUCCUCGCUGAUCGAACGGACUCUAGCUCGGAACGAGAGAAUCAGCCGGAGCUACGGUGGUUUUGGUAAGACACGUGUCUUUGAUUGCCGGGAAAUUCCUGAUAUGACGAUCCAAUCGUAUCUAGAGAGGAUUUUCCGGUAUACCAAAGCCGGUCCAUCGGUUUACGUCGUGGCUUAUGUGUACAUUGACCGGUUCUGUCAGAAUAAUCAAGGUUUCAGAAUCAGUCUCACUAAUGUACAUCGUCUACUCAUCACAACCAUCAUGAUCGCUUCCAAAUACGUCGAAGACAUGAAUUAUAGAAACUCAUACUUUGCGAAAGUAGGGGGAUUAGAGACAGAAGAUUUGAACAAGUUGGAAUUAGAGUUCUUGUUCUUGAUGGGAUUUAAGUUGCAUGUGAAUGUGAGUGUGUUCGAGAGUUACUGUUGUCAUCUUGAGAGAGAAGUAAGUAUCGGAGGAGGUUAUCAGAUCGAGAAGGCAUUACGUUGCGCUGAGGAAAUCAAAUCCAGACAAAUUGUUCAAGAUCCUAAACACCAUCAAUUUUCCCGAAUCUUGUUGUAGUCAAGAACAACUCUGUUUGUUUCUUUUUUUUGUCGUUUUGCUUUUGAAGGUCUUUGACUUUCUGAUUACCUUGUCGGUUGGGUUUUCUUCAAAUGUAAAUGUAAAUAGAGAGAAAAUAUAGA